GUGCCAAUUAUACAAACUCAACUACAAAUGGGCCUUUCUAUCACGAAGCUGUGGGGAAUGUUGUUCAAUACUCAGAAGGAGGCUCGAAUCCUCAUGGUUGGUCUGGACGCGGCUGGCAAAACAACAAUCCUCUAUCGACUGAAGCUCGGCGAGACGGCUGUCACCAUCCCCACCAUCGGCUUCAACGUGGAGACUGUGUCCUACAAGAAUGUCACAUUCACGGUUUGGGAUGUCGGUGGUCAGGAGGUGAUCAGACCGCUCUGGCGGUACUACUUCAAUGGAACCAACGGAAUCAUAUUCGUCGUUGACUCCCUCGACCGGGAUCGCCUAGGAGAGGCUCGACGGGAACUGGAUAGGCUACUAGCGGACGACCUAUUAAGGGAUGCACAUCUCCUCGUUUUUGCCAAUAAGCAGGUCGGUUUGGUGUUGGUUUAUGUGGUUGAUAUAUUUCAUCAUGUUAGACUGGGAUUUCUCGCCUGGUCGGUCAAAGAAGACCUGCCCUGUGCAAUGACUGCCAACGAGGUGGCUGAGGGUCUGGGACUCCAGAAGAUUGCAGCCAGGCGAAAGUGGUUUGUUCAAGCGACGUGUGCAGUGAAUGGUUCAGGCAUCCUCGAGGGACUGGAUUGGUUGUGUCAUGAAGUCGUUCAGUCAAAUCGGUGA